AUGUCUCGCAACGAAGCGGUGUCGCCGCUGCGCAUCAACAAGACACCCACUGCCUCGCCUGGAAAGAGCAGCGGCCGCCCGCUCUCGGAGAUUGCAUCGGGCGAGCGAAGGAGGAACUCUCCGAGCUUCGACCAGACCACAAAGGAGUCGUCGCCUUUUGCAGGCUCGUCGCCGUUCCAAAACAGCCCGCGCCUGUUCUGGAAGGAGCACACUGCCUCGCCGCGUGACCGUUUUGAGAAUUCGGAGAACAGCAUCAGCGAGGACGCGCAGAUGCCGCUCUCGCCCAAGCGCAGCUCCAUUGAAAACCUCAAGAAGCAGGCCCGCGUCAAGAACAGCGGCAUCUUUGCAAAGGAGCAGAUGCACGCCUACGACCCCACAUCAGUCACCCCGCUGGACCGCCCGCUUGCUGCUGGCCGCCCGCUGAGCACCUCGAUCCAGGGCAACGCCUUUGGCGGCGCGGGCCUCAACGGCCUGCGCCUGCACGACGUCUCUCCCGACCGGGGCCACCGCCGCGGCGAGAGCUUCAACAGCAUUCCCAUGCUGAGCACCAUCAAGACAUCGCCAGCAAAGCUGCCCACGCAGUCGACAUUCGGCUCGCCCUUUUCCUCGCCGACCAAGGACCGCCCUUCCUCGUCGGCCGGCCGCGCGUCUCCCACCAAGUCUUCUCUCGUCAACAACGGCCGCUUCAACUCGCCCCAGUACAACCCCGACUCGAGUGCGCUCUCGGACGACGACGACGACGACGACGACGUGAAGCACCAGACGCCCCGCGCCCUGCGCCGCCACGCUAAGAGUGUCACCUUUGACGCCGCUCCACCCAACGUCACAGAGUACGAGCUGGUCACACCCGAGCCUUCAGCCUGCUCGCGAGAAGGGAGCUACAUGGAGACGGACGACGACGACGACGACGACGACGACGACGAGGUGAGCUUUGACGAUGCCGACAGCUUCGAUGCUUCUCUCGAGGAUACAGAAAAGACACCGGUCGUCCUUCCCGAAGACUGGCGCCACGUGAGCCCAGACAAUGCCAACAAUUCGUUGACUGAUUUCUACGAUGACGUUUUGGAAGGGCGCGAGGCGAGCCCGCGCGCAGAUGGCACACCCAACGGCGCUGCCAACGGCUCGCGGCAUGGCUCACAGCACUCGGAGGGCUCGCCACGGCCGCUGCCUCCUCUUCCUGGCAUGGGCCUGAGCCGGCCAGGCUCGAGCGGCGGCGACGCAUCGCGGUCGCUGCCUCCGCUCCCUCCCGUCUCUGGAUUCUCAAAGGCCGACCUUUUGAGCAGGCGCGAGAGCUCCAUGUCGCUGGAGGACCGCAUGCGCCUCAUGAACUUUGAUGGCGAUCGCGACACAUCGACGCCCACGCAAGAGAGGCAGAACAAGGCCGCCAGCAACGAGGUCAAGGUCCACGUUGACGGGGUCAAGGUCCACGUUGACGAGGUCGACGACGACGUGUCGGUACUGACUGCCGACAACGAGCAAGAUGCCUCGAUCCCACGCAUCUCGCGCGAGUCGAUCCUGCGCAGGGUUAAGAGCCAGAAUUUCGACAAGCACGAGGACAGCUACGCCUACGACGCCGAGUCGAGCCCGGAACGCAGCUACGGCCACCUUGCCGACUUGGAUCCUGAUGUUCCCAUUCCUUCCCGCGAGUGUUCGUCCAACUUUGAUGAGACUGCACACGCGCAGCCCAUGCAAGAGGCCGGGUCCGAGGCCGGGUCCGAGGCCGAGGCCGACAGUGUUCUUGAUGCUUACCAGGACGUCGAUGGUUCGGCCAUGUCACAGCUCGACGACGAGGCCGACCCGUACGCUGUCGAUGAGUUUGAGCUCGAUGGUUCCGACGCUGGCUCGGUCAUCCGCCACCCCGUCAGCGACGAGACGGAAGAUGCAGGCUCGCUUGGCGACGAUGUCAGCAUGAGCCAGUACUCUGAGCAGCCAGACGACGAGCCGUACAAGGAACCAGCCCCGCAGGGUUUCGAGCAGGUCGUUGGGCAGCCCGACGAGUACCCCGAGGAGCAGCCGACCUCGCAGAGCACCAUCGACAGCUCUGGGCCAUCGACACCCACUGUCGCCGCCGAGUCUCCACGUGCAGCCGAGAAGAAGGCUCGCGAGGACGAGCUUUUUGCCAAGUUUGACCGAGAGCAGUCGAUGGACCUCAGUCUCGACCCUCUGAGGGCCUCUUUUACGACGGCCCCGAGCCCGCUUGACAGCGCUCCGAAAAUGGAGGCUAUGCGCGAUUUCUUGCAGCGGCCUGGCACUCCCGAUGCCGAAGAUGGCGCCGAGGAAGAGUACACGGGCUCUGAGCCGGGCAGCCCCAGCUCGAUUGUUCACCAUCCGGUCGUCAUCUCGCCUCCCGAAAUCGAGUCUGACCAGGACGUGCCUCUGCGCGAGGCGACUAUCCGCGGCACUGGCGGCCACAAGCUGAGGACUCGUCCUUCGCUCAUCCCAGACCAAGUUGACAUGGCAGCCACCCGCCGUCAAGUCAGCGGAACGUACCCUCCGCCACUUCCUGAGAGAAGCCCCAAGCGGCAGUCUCUCAACUUUGAGAUUGGCCAUGUCGACGAUGACUCGUCUGAGCUCAGUCUUGCCACCAGGGAAAAGAUGAUGCUUGAUCUUGACCUGGGUGAGGAUGAAGACGACCUCAGCUUCGGCCUUGACAACGAGUUCGACAAGAUUAUUGAGGCUCAAAAGGUAGACACCCUUUUUCCUUUACCCGACUUUGCUCAUUUCCCGACAUUGGUGGCUGCGCGACCGAGUGCAGCCGCUGCAAUGUCAGAGAAACGGUUUGUGCAUACGUACAGUCCCGCUAAUGCACCCACACAGAAGGGCUACCUGAUGCGGGAGAAUACCAAGGUCGUCGUGGCCAGCAGCCGGCAAUUUAGCGACGAAGCCCGUCCGACAACCUCUGCUUCCACGGCCGAUUCUACUACCGGCGAGAAGCUCGCACAGGCACCAGGUGCCCGCAAGGUGAGCGGCAGCAAAAAGGCAUGGACGACGGAGCCCUGGAAUGGAAAGGCUCGCCGCAAGAGUCUCCGAACAGCGUCUGGAGCCCGCAAGGCUCGCACGUCUGGCGUUGCGCCUCCUCUUCCCGGCCACGAGUCUGCUGUUGCUGCCAGUCUAGACGCAGUCACUGAACAGGGCGACAAUGAGUUUGAGGAUGGCGAGGAGCGUGGUCGCGUGUUCGUCAAGGUGGUUGGUGUCAAGGAUCUCGACCUUCCACUGCCGAAAACGGAACGCACAUGGUUCCAACUGACUUUGGACAAUGGCCUCCACUGUGUAACAACAUCGUGGCUCGAGCUGGGCCAUUCAGCUCCCAUUGGUCAGGAAUUCGAGCUCGUUGUGCUUGACGACCUCGAGUUCCAACUCACGCUCCAGACCAAGCUUGAGCCCCCCGCCCGUCAGCCCGAAGUCUUUACCGCCGCACCUCCCAGGGCUGUUACGAAGAAGAACUCUGGCUCCACUUUCCGUAACCUUCUCACCUCUCCCAAGAAGCGCAAGGAGCAGGAGCGCCGUGUGCAGGAGGAGGCUGAUCGCCUUGCCCUUCAACAGCAGCAAGAGGCUCAGGCCGCAGCCAAGCGCAACCAAAAGGCCACAGCUUGGGAUCUUCUUCACGACCUUGUCGGCCAGGAUGGCUCCUUUGCGCGUGCCUAUGUCUGCCUUGGCAACUACGAGAACCAGGCCUAUGGACGUCCUCUGACUGUGGAUAUCCCUUGCUUCAACGAGUGGGCUGUCGACGACAGCGGUGUCAGCAGUGUCAAGAGCAAGCGGGGUGGUGUGGUUCGCCGACCACCUUACCGUGUCGGCAAGCUCACCGUCCAGCUGCUGUACGUGCCCAAGCCAAAGAACGCGACCGACGACGACAUGCCCAAGAGCUUGAAUGCUUGCAUUCGCGAGCUCAAGGAGGCUGAGGAGGUCAAGAGCAAGACCUGGGAAGGGCACCUGAGUCAGCAGGGUGGUGACUGCCCGUUUUGGCGCCGUCGCUUCUUCAAGCUCGAUGGCACAAAGCUUACGGCUUUCCACGAGACAACACGACAGCCGCGCGCCACCAUCAACCUUGCAAAGGCAACCAAGCUGCUCGACGACAAGAGCGCGCUCAAGCAGCCAUCUGCUACCAAGUCUGGCGGUCGUCGCAAAUCUGCCUUUGCCGAAGAUGAGGAGGGCUACAUGUUUGUUGAGGAGGGGUUCCGCAUCCGCUUCGCCAACGGUGAGGUCAUUGACUUCUACGCCGACAACCGUGAGAACAAGGAGGGCUGGAUGAAGGUCUUAUCCGAGUGCGUUGGCAAGGACAUCGCCUCGGGCAAGGCCUGGACGCACAUGGUGCUUGAAAAGGAGCGCAAGGAGAAGGCACAGAAGCCAAAGUCGCAGGCUGGCGCGCCGUCCCCUGGCACGAACCGCCGACCGUCCCACGGCCGCACGCAGUCGCAUGAGGUGUACAGCAAGUUGACGCCGUCGAGCCCGCCCAAGCCGGCGCACGCACGAACACAAUCUUUUGCGCCAACUCCCCCGCCAAAGGAACGCGACCAUCGCAUGGCACCUGCACCCGCACCGCGACCGAGGCCGCAGACCCAGGUGCAGCCCAACACGGGCAGCAGCAGUAGCCGCCGAGACCAGGUUCGAUCGAUGAUUUUCUAA